CACAUUGACUUACAUUGAAGCGAAUUGGGAAACAAGACGACAACUUGUCAUGGCAAGUAGUUGGAUUCGAAGCAGUUUUCGUAUGACCAGACAUAUUACGAAUAAGACGAGGAUAGCCCGUCAAGGUUUGGGAAAACGACCUAUUCGUUCAAAGUCAACCUCUUGUGAUCGAACCUGGUUGGCUAUCCAAGAUUAUACCCAACAAAGGUUCUCUUGUCGUCAUAUUUCAAAAAGGAGUCCAAGUAUCUCGGAAACCAUCUCCAAAAAUAAUUGUAUUGUUCGGGAUUCCGGUCGAGCUUCACUUGCCACCGCUGCCGCUGACUCUUCGACAAAAGGUCUUGCUUGUUUGGAGACAGUCGAAGGAGCAGUACCUUUGGCAAAGUCUUUGGCAGUGUUAGGUAUAGAUAGCGACGGAACGUUCUGUAAGAGGAUUCGUUUGAGUAUAGUAGCGCAUAACAAUGGCAAAAUACUUCACUAGGUAUUGUUCUUCAUGAUAUAUAUAUAUCUCUAUCAGCUAGUAGAGAAAUAAAAGAAGGCUUUUAUAU